ACCGGAGAGAAAAAAAGUAAACCGCAGCAACCUUUAUGCGCCUGGGCCGGCCCCCUUCCAGAGUUGGGGUUCCCUCCCACCAACCCGGUGAGCUCCGCCCUCACGCCCCGCCCACGCGGGGAAUCAGGUGACCUCGGGCCUGCGAAGUCACGUGGCUGGGGCGCGCCCGCCCGUUGUGGCCAUGGCGGCCGCAGGUUCCAGUGUGGUGAGGCGAGUGGAAGAGCUCGGAGACGCGGCUCAGGCUCACAUACAGCAGCUUAGCGAGGCCGCCGGCGAAGACGAUCACUUUUUAAUUCGGGCCUCUGCAGCUCUAGAAAAAUUGAAACUUCUGUGUGGAGAAGACAAAGAAUGUUCAAAUCCAUCAAAUCUUCUAGAACUUUACACACAGGCCAUUUUGGACAUGACGUAUUUUGAGGAGAACAAACUAGUAGAUGAAGAUUUUCCUGAGGACUCUUCACAGAAAGUAAAAGAGCUGAUCAGUUUUCUUUCAGAACCAGAAAUUUUAAUUAAAGAAAAUAAUAUGCAUCCAAAACCCUCCGAUUUGCUUGGGGACGAACUCCUGGAAUGUCUCUCUUGGAGAAGAGGCGCUCUACUCUAUAUGUACUGUCAUUCUCUGACCAAAAGGAGAGAGUGGCUCACGAGAAAAUCCAGUUUGCUUAAAAAGUACCUUAUUGAUGGAAUCAGUUACUUGCUACAGAUGCUAAAUUACCGGUGUCCUAUCCAGUUAAACGAAGGAGUUUCUUUCCAAGACUUAGACACAGCUCAAUUAUUGAGUGAAGGAAUAUUUAGUGACAUUCAUUUGCUGGCUAUGAUGUACAGCGGAGAAAUGUGUUACUGGGGAUUGAAGCAUUGUGCAGAUCAACAGCCAGAAAAUCAUGAAGUGGAUACCGGUGUUUCCGGAGCAAGCUGCAUGACACAGAAAGAACCUUUGGAUUUCCGAGAAGUAGGAGAAAAAAUUUUGAAAAAGUAUGUAUCUGUGUGUGAAGGACCCCUUAAAGAACAAGAAUGGAAUACAGCAAAUGCAAAACAAAUUUUAAACUUCUUUCAGCAUCAUACUAACCAGGUUCCUGGCUACUAUGAAUUGUUUGAUGCUGAUUAAGUUUCAUGACAAGAUUUUCCCUCAUUCCUUUGCAUAGAGUGAGGUAAGGGUUAUGGCUGAAAUCCCACAAUAAAAUUACAUUCCUACCUUUA